AUGAACGUACUCGAUCCCAUCAUCGACGUCGCGCCGAUCACGAACGUAUAUCCAACGUACACCAAAGAGUCUCGGUAUGGGCCGACGCACGUCGACUACGCGGCUAACCACCACCAUUACCGGGAGGAUUCGUUUGACAUCGACACGGAAACGAUUGCCAGCGAAGAAGGGUGCCCCGAGGUGCCAUGCCGCGAGGUCUUGGACUUUGAGAAUGGCAAGUGCACCUACACGCAGCUGCCGCGCGGUACGCUCUGCCCGGGCCAGAGCUGCGACAACGGCGGUCCGUGCGAUGCCGACGAGAACGACUACUGCGACGGCGACGGCACGUGCCGCAACCUCUGCGACGCGGCCGAGCUCUGCAGAGGCGACAGCAGCCAGUGCCCGGACGACGAGUUCGCGCCGUCGUCCAAAGUGUGCACCAAGAUGGGCAAGUCCUCGGGUGGCCCGUGCGACGCACCCGACUACUGCGACGGCCGUGGUCGCUGUGUGGACAAGUUCCAGCCCAGGAAACAUGUUUGCCGCCGCGCCAUCGAUGUCUGCGACGAGGCAGAAACGUGCACGGGCGUCAGCGGUGACUGCCCCAGCAACAGCUUUGCACGCAAGGGAAUCGAGUGCACCUCGAUUGGCGAAUCGUCGGGCGGCGCGUGCGACGACGUUGAUCGUUGUGACGGUUACGGCAAGUGCAUUGACCACUUUAAAGGCACGAAGCAUCUCUGCCGCCGGGAAGUCGACGUCUGCGACGAGCCCGAGUAUUGCUCGGGUGAGUGUGGCGUCUGUCCCGACGACGUUGCCGCGCCCAUGGGCAAGGUCUGCACGCAGAUUGGCAAGUCGAGUGGUGGCAAGUGCGACGGCGUCGAU